AUGGCAUCUCAAGCCACACCAAGCCCGGCCGCCCCGAAUCUCGACCGGUACCUGGUGAUUCACGUGGCCACCACCUGCGACGAGCACGGCGUCUACGUCACGAAGGACUCGGCAGAAGUCAUUGAGCUGGGAUGGAUUCUGUUGGACGCAAAGUCGGAAAGCGUACUGGUCAAGCCCGUCAACACCCCAAUCACGGCACUCUGCACUAGCUUGACCACUCUCACCUGGGAUCAAGUACGCAACGCAGGAUCAUUCCGCGACGCCAUCGAACGCUUCACAACCUUUGCCCAAGAGCACACCAAGAACCUCGAGUUCGCAUUCGUCACCCUCGAUUCGUGGGACCUCAGGGUCCAAUUGCCGCGCGAAGCUCGCGACAAGGCGGUUGUCUUACCACCGUAUCUUCAACAUUCACGCACCUUCGACCUCCGCACAGAGUACCAGCGUUGGCAGGCCCACCACCCGGAGAGUCUGCCUUUCGGUUCCAGUGCUUUGACCAACAUCUGCGCGGCAUUGGAGGUAGAGCCCGUACAAUCAUCCGCUCCCAUCAAGCACAACCUGCCCUUUCACCUGCAGGCCCUUGCCCCCGCCUCCCCGCGCCGUGCUAUGGAAGAGGCCGUCACACUUGCCCGAGUUCUGCGAGGUCUCAUCCGAAAGAGCCAACCACCGCAGGACCAUCCUGACGUUCUUACUAAACCCAUGGAUGCUCGCGCUGACGUCCGCGCAUUCCUAUCGGAGCGCAGCAAGGUCCUCCACAUGAGUGGAUUGCCUCACGACACCACGCAGUCUGAGCUCGAGAGCUGGUUCACCCAAUUCGGUGGCCGCCCCAUUGCCUUCUGGACGCUACGUACACCUGACCAGCACAAGCCAACUGGUACUGGCUUCGCUAUCUUCUCUUCCCACGAGGAGGCUGCUGAGAGCCUUUGCAUGAACGGUCGCGCGCUCAACGAGAAGGCUAUUGAGGUCUCGCCCUCCUCGGGCCGCGUCCUCGACCGCGCUGCCGAGAUCAUUACUCCGUUCCCGCCUAGCAAGAAUCGCCCUCGUCCCGGUGACUGGAACUGCCCGUCUUGUGGCUUCUCAAACUUCCAGCGCCGCACUGCUUGUUUCCGUUGCUCUUUCCCCGCCAUGCAGCAAGGCCCACCGGCUGGAGAUGCCAUGGGAUACCCGGGAUACGGCGGUGGUUAUGGCCACCCUGGUAUGAUGGGACCUCCUCAGCACCACAUGGGUCACGGCGGUCAUGGCCACGGCAUGGGUGGCGGUCACAUGCGUGGUGGUGCCGGUGCUGUACCUUUCCGCGCUGGAGACUGGAAGUGCGGUGAGAAUGGCUGCGGUUACCACAACUUCGCCAAGAACACUGCUUGUCUGCGUUGUGGUGCUAGUCGUGCUGGAGCAGCUGUCGUUGCUGAUUCCGCGUUCCCCUCCCCAAUGGACACCCCCUCUGGCUUCGGCAUGGGCCCUUCCAUGGGCGGUACUCCUGGCGCCGGCCCCUAUGGUCCUGCUGGUUUCUCCGGUGGCUACCCCCCUCAGCAAUACGGAGCGCCGCCUAGCUCGUACGCUCUUCCCGCCGGUAUGGGCGGUGCUAGCCCUUACCCUCCUAUGAACGCCGGCUACAUGCCCAAUGGCGGUAUGCACGCUACGCCGUUUGACAGCCGCUCUGCUGAGGCCGCUUUCUCCUCCGCCGACCCCUACCCCAACCAGGGAGCCCCUAACGGCGGUGACGGUCGCAACGACCCUUUCUCUUUCUUGUCGACCGGAUUCGGCUCGCUUUCGAUGAACGAUGAUCGUCGCAACGCCUCCAACCCGGCCAACAAGUCGCCGGCGUAA